AUGGUCGCGCAGGCAGACAAACGACUCUUAUGGCACCCGCGCGGGCAGAACAAGUUUGUCGUGGGAGGAAGUACACAAAUCACGCUGUAUGAGUGGCUCCCCCAGUCUUCCCAGAUCAAGCAAGUCGCGUCUCAGUUAGAGCUGAACACGAUGAAGUGUUUCGCGUGGUCGCCGGAUCCUGUACUUGACGACUUGGUCGCGGUGGGCUUCGGAAAUGGUCGUGUGGACCUGCUUCGCCUCGAAGCGUCCAAGCAUGCUCGCAGCGGUGUGCUGUCCCACGGCCCUGCAGUCUCGCUACCGGCUCGAAAUACUCGCGCAUGUAACGCACUUGCGUUCUCCUCAGAAGACCCAAGCUAUCUUGCCGUCGGCCUCGAUAAAGUUCGCAAUGACCCGAGUCUUCUCAUCUGGGACAUCCAAUCCGCCUCUCCUAUGCUCUCCAUAAACACUGCCUCCCCAGUGGAAUCUAUCUCUAGACCCCUACCAUACCUCCCUCGAACAGACUCGCGCGCUUCGGACUCGCGCAUAAUCCAACAGCAUGCUCCGGUCGAGAACGUCUCGACUCUUGCCUGGCUCCCUCGCUCUUCACAUUUGCUCCUUGCCGGUGUCUCGCAUCGCUGGCUUCAACUCUUCGACCUUCGGAACCCCUCCUCGGGUCCCACUAAAGCUGCGAGCAAAGUCCAAGGCAUUGCUACGGAUCCCUUCGAUGAGCACCGCGUCGCGUGUUUUGGCGACGCUAUCGUGUCCAUCUGGGAUACACGGCGCUUCACGCAGCCUGUCCUCACAUUCACAGCUAGGGACGCAUCUGCAGAUGGUGUAAAUGGAACUCCCACGGGCAAUACAGGAGCGCGCGGAAAGUCCAAUACCCCAGCGAGCGCCGCUACGCACCUCACUCAUGUAGAGUUUUCUUCGACGCGUCGUGGUACUCUGGCUACCCUCGAAAGGGAUGCAGACUACGUGCGCUUCUGGGAUGUUGUGCAAGCGCAAUUUGCGGAGCCCGCCGUGGAGACUAGCCGUUCGCGCGAUUCGUCUCAAUCUGGGGGCAAAGCCGUACGGUCAUCGUGGGUGAAAUCAUGGUCAACGUCCGGCUCCGCCCCUAGCCAAUCGUCAAUGCCGCCACCACCCAUACCCUCGAAUGACGUUGCGCAGUACAAUUUGAUACUCGCGGAUACACGGCGGACCAAGACGUUCUCCCGCCCAUUCGCGUCCUUCGCGCUCGUGUCAAGUUCCAAGUCGCAUCCUCUCACCUCAAAUGUCAUGCUCGUGAAUAAGGACGGCGAUCUCGAGCUUUAUGCUGUCCACGACACUCCUGUCCACCCGGCAUGGAGCGCGCGUGGUGAUCUAGCACUCGGCGUAGGCUGCUCUUACACCGUUGUCCCUGGAAUCACAGAUAUGACGCGCCCACUAGAACCAUGGGAGAUUCUCGCGUAUCCUUCCCGCCCCGGAUCCCACGCCCAAUCCCUGGAGCGUCCGGACUUCGGUGUGAGCUCGUUCGGGGGGCGGCGCUCGCGUUUGCAAUCGGAGUCCCCAUCGCACUCGGUGCCUCCACCGACAUUUGGACGGGGAGAUGAAGAGGGGUUCCCCGCACUCAGUCCCCCGCCGACGAAGCCUGCAGGGGACGAACCGCCAUCGAGGUCCGGACGUCGGCGCACACACAGCCCGUCGGCCCUCAAGCAACUGCACUUCGAGCACACUGCGACUGGGAAAACGCGCUAUGCGUACAGCUCUCAGGGAAAGAAGCAUCGCGGAGAUCAGGAUGUGCAGCCGGUCCACUUCAACACGUCUAUGCCGACGCCAAGGACGGUGACCCUUGCGCUCGACGAUGGCGAGGUGCGGGCGAAGCCGACUCGCAAGUCUGGGCCGCUCAAGGCGCUCCAGCAUGUCGUGGAGACGGAUAUUUCGAUGGUCAUGAGACAGCGUGCGAUAAAAGGCUAUGGCUUGGUCUAUCCUUUGCACAACUCCGCUGUCGCUCGCGAUACAUCACCUGACGGGUAUGCUCUGUCGGAACUAUGGCUAUGGGUCCAUCAUGCUCAACGUUUACUCUCCUCUCCUUCGCCCAUGAUCGAGGGGUACAACUUCGCCUACCAGGGACUCAUCGGCAUCUGGGAAAGCUUCCGCCCUACACGCCCACACCCCUCGUCCAACCAGCCCACUCCGCGCAUGGCGCGAAGCGCGCUCUUCGACGGCCCUGCCCCAUCCCCGAAGUUGACGGCACUCAGCCUGGAAGUACCGCACCGCUCGAGCUCGAAGCAGUCUGGGGGCCGCAAGCGGAGCAGGCCGCCCGCCUCUGCGCUUCCGGACGACUUCGUAGGGGCGAUUGAGGAGCUGAAUGCGAGGAGCGGGAACUCGGAGUCGGUGGCGGCGUGGAAGCCGUCUGUAGGCACGGCGCGCCUGGCGCAGAGACGGUUUGCUUUGCAGCUGUGUGCGUGGAGUUUGGCGCACGACGACUUGGCGCGGGCGAUCAAGAGAUGGGAGAAAGAGAACAGACACUCUCAGGCUGCGUGCUGGCUCGUCUUCACGGAACAGAACAAGCAAGCCGUCGAGUUGUUAAUGCGGAGUAAAGACGAAUCGCACCAUAUGAUGUCCGGAAUGGUCGCCGCACUGACAUCAGGUGGCUCCCGGAACACCGAACUAGUGCAGCACUGCGAGCGACUCAUCGUGCGCUUGCAGGACCCGUACCUCCGCGCGCUCCUCACCCACCUCACCGUGCGCGACUGGGCCGAGGUCCUCGAGGAGGACUCCCUGCCCCUGCGCGAGCGGCUUGCGAUCGCGCUGCAGUUCCUGGACGACAAGGAGGUGUCCGCGUACCUGCGGCGCGUCUCCGACCGCUGCAUCCACGACGGCGACAUCGACGGCAUCUUCGUCACUGGGCUGACCAACAGCGGGAUGGACCUCCUGCAGGCGUACCUGGACCUCUCUGGGGACGUGCAGACGGCCGCGCUGCUGUCCGUGCUCCCGCCCUCGCGCGCGCAGGACGCGCGGGCGGGGCGCUGGCUCAACUCGUACCGGGACCUCCUCGACGGCUGGCGGCUCUUCCACCACAGGUGUCAGAUCGACAUCGACAGAGGGCAUAUCCUCAAGGAGGCCAUAGAGAAUGCGGAAAUCCGGGCGUUGGAGUGGGCGCCCCGGCAGCUGCUCCUGCGCUGCAACUAUUGUGGCAAGCCGAUGGAUCCGCCGUUCCCCGCAGAUGGCCAUCUUCGAGUGAGCGACACAGUGCCCGCACUGCAGCCGGCCCUUGCCCCGGUGCUCUGUUUGUCUGAUGACGCUUAG